ACUAAGAAGCAGCAUCGCAAAACCUCAAAAACACAUUCGAGAAAACUCCAAAUUCUCAGCGCUGUCUUUACAGUCCCUCUUUCUUCCGGCGAAACUCUCCGGCGUUCGAAUCAGCAACAAUGGCGACCGUCAUGCAGAAAAUCAAAGAUAUCGAAGAUGAGAUGGCUAAGACCCAAAAGAACAAAGCUACUGCUCAUCAUCUCGGUUUGUUAAAGGCAAAACUAGCAAAACUCCGAAGGGAGCUUCUUACACCUACGUCAAAAGGUGGCGGUGGAGCUGGAGAAGGUUUUGAUGUUACAAAAAGUGGUGAUGCAAGAGUUGGUUUAGUGGGCUUUCCUUCAGUUGGAAAAUCGACACUCUUGAACAAACUGACAGGAACUUUUUCUGAGGUUGCUUCAUACGAAUUUACCACUUUAACUUGCAUUCCUGGUGUCAUCAUGUAUCGAGGAGCUAAAAUUCAGUUGUUGGACCUUCCAGGAAUUAUUGAGGGUGCUAAGGAUGGAAAAGGUAGAGGAAGGCAGGUUAUCAGUACUGCCAGAACAUGCAAUUGUAUACUUAUUGUCCUCGAUGCAAUAAAACCAAUCACUCACAAACGUCUCAUAGAGAAGGAGCUCGAGGGAUUUGGCAUUAGGUUGAACAAGGAACCACCUAAUAUGACAUUCAGAAAGAAAGAGAAGGGUGGGAUUAAUUUGACGUCAACAGUGACCAAUACCCAUUUGGACCUCGACACUGUGAAGGCGAUAUGCAGCGAAUACAGAAUACAUAAUGCUGAUGUUCAUCUUAGGUAUGAUGCAACUGCUGAUGACCUUAUUGAUGUCAUUGAAGGCAGUAGAGUAUACACGCCUUGCAUCUAUGUUGUGAACAAAAUUGAUCAAAUCACAAUGGAAGAGCUGGAGAUUCUGGAUAAACUUCCUCACUAUUGUCCAAUCAGUGCUCAUUUGGAAUGGAAUCUUGAUGGCCUGCUGGAGAAGAUUUGGGAAUAUCUUAGUCUAACCCGCAUAUACACAAAGCCGAAGGGAAUGAAUCCAGACUAUGAGGAUCCAGUUAUUUUAUCAUCAAAGAGGAGGACAGUGGAGGACUUCUGUGACAGAAUCCACAAGGAUAUGGUUAAACAAUUCAAAUAUGCCCUGGUUUGGGGUUCAAGUGCGAAACACAAACCUCAGAGGGUGGGCAAGGAACAUGAACUAGAAGAUGAAGAUGUCGUCCAAAUCAUCAAGAAGGUGUGAUUGCAGAAAUUGUAUCUUGAUUGCUGCAGUUGAUGGAUAUCUCUAGCACUAUAAAGGUUUUCAUCACAUGUUGAGGUUUGUCCUAGUUUGCAGAGCAUGGUUUUGUUGUUCUUUUUUCCGGUAGGUAGAACUAGUUUGAACAAAGUACAGCUUGAUGUGAAAGUUAUCAUGGUCAAGCUAUAUUGAGUAUCUGGCUAAUCAUCCUAUGUAUCAUCUAAACAAAUUCCAUGAGAACUUAAUAGUGUUUUUUGGGGAUUGUGUUGAA